CUCCUGUCCUCCUGCUUCCACAGUGCAUCCCGCUGCACGGCUCCUUACAAGUGAACUCAAAUGGAUUUCACACACAGACUAUCUGAAACAAUCCUAGGAGUUCUGGCGGGUCUGAUUCAGUAAGAAGCAAAACUGUGCUCGUCUGGGGAUGACAUGAUGUCUGCAGUAGAGAGCGGCUUGUUCCAACCCGCUCAGCUGCUCAGCUGGGUUUAUAUGUCUUUACAGGACAGCGCUUUGGACUCGGACUCCCCUGCACAGGAAGGGACGGAACGAGUCACGGCUGAUUUGAGCUCCAGCUACCUCAGCAACUUUUUCCAUCUGAACACUGAGGCUUUAACUAAAGGUUUCUACAAAGGCUCUUCUCCAUAUGGAUCCUUCAGUAACAUUGUUGAUGGUCUGAACUCUCUGGCAGACCAUUUCUCAGAUCUCUCCCUGUCCUCAGAGAUGCACCAAAGCAGCAAAAGACCACCGCCCAACUACUUGUGCCACCUAUGCUUCAACAAAGGACACUACAUCAAAGACUGCCCUCAGGCUCGACCCAAAGGUCAAGGCCUGACCCCGUAUCAGGGAAAGAAGAGGUGCUUUGGAGAAUACAAAUGCCCUAAAUGCAAGAGAAAGUGGAUGAGUGGCAACUCUUGGGCCAACAUGGGACAGGAGUGCAUCAAGUGUCACAUCAACGUUUACCCACACAAGCAGAGACCUCUGGAGAAACCAGACGGCUUGGACGUGUCGGACCAGGGCAAAGAGCAUCCACAGCACCUGUGUGAAAAAUGCAAAAUCCUUGGCUACUACUGCCGCCGUGUGCAGUAGGAAUUAUUGCCUCUCCCUGCUAUUUGCAGACCUCUUGGAAGAUUCACCCUUUUGUAUUUUACCUUUAAAAAAAGGAUUUUGUACAGUGAUAUUUCUAACAAACAUGUUUAAAACAUUUUCUCUAAGGCAGCCUUAAGAACAAACGUACAUCUCAGCAGAAAAGAGUCAUUCUGUGUUCUUCAAAGUGACUCAGCUGUCUUCAUUUUAAUCUCAUUACAGAAUAAGUGAAUUACUGUGAAUAUUAACCAGGUUAGCUCCUUCUGAUUCUAGUCAAGUCUGUAUAUUUCCAAAAUAAUUCAUUGCAAGUAAUGCCAUCUGUAUAAAAUAUGCAAGUAAGAAGUAUAUUCAGUGUUAACAUAUCACUGCUUAUAGGUACAUUACUUUUUUCUAUGAUUUCUUGUUUAUUAAAUGUUUAAGAGGAAUAUAUUUGAUUGAAAGUUGCACUGUGACUGUUAUGAACACACCACCCUAAUGGUUCAGGGUUAUGUUCACACAAGAAGCUAUAGCAAAGAUGUGAAAGGCAUUCAGCGCUGGGAACACUCACCAAAGUGCCAAUUAAGUUUGUGAGAUGAUCGCAUGGGACCAAAGAAGGGAGAUAAAAAAGUUGGAAAAAGUAGCAGAUGUGGGGCAAUAGUCGAAGGACACUAUUUACUGAAGUAAUAAAACCUAAGAUGUGAAGUUUUAUACCAUGUGCCUCCUUUGAAUAACAGAUCUAUGGAUUAUACUUCUAUUAAAAGGCUUAUAAAAGA